AAUUAUUACACUUGUUUCUUUCUUCUUUAUCACAGCUUCUACUUUCAGUUUUCUCCUAACUCGCAAGCGUAAAAGUUGGGAGGAAUCCGACGGAAAUUUACCAACUGGUUUUCACGGUUUCAGAUAAACCUGUGUAUCAAAUCGACCAAUUCCCCUUUUUCUGUUGCCCUAAUUCCACAAUUGUCCUCUGCAGGUGUGAUAUACUGCAAUCAUGCCGGACACACAUGCCCUAGUUAACGAUUUCUUAAACAAACUUAAAAAACGUAAAAUCGAGGGUUCAAAGACCACUGCGAAGAUGACAGCAGAGCUUCUUCGUUCCGUGAUAUCACAGCAAAGAAUUCCUAACACGAAUCAAGCUGGGGCUCUUAUUCAGGCCAUUAAUGCUAUUGGAGAACAGCUUGUUUCUGCAAAUCCUGUGGAACUUGCUGUUGGUAAUAUUGUAAGGCGUGUACUACAUAUCAUUAGGGAGGAAGAUCUUUCACUCACAACAGCUUCCAUUGGUGGAUUGAGCUUACAAGCUUUGAGUGAUGAUGAAGACAAUGUUGAUAGAGAUGAUCGACCUGUUCUGUCAGCUGCUGCUGUUGCUGCAGCAGCUAGAAGCACUCUCAGAGCUCCUUCCUUGCAAACCCUUCUUGAAGAUGUCCCUCACUCUGCAGCUAUUCAUCAAUCUUCCUCUUCUGCUGGUGAUUCUGAAGAAAAAACCAAAUCUACUGAUAAAAAUUCAAGGAGCCGAAAGCUCAAGCAUAAUGUGAUUGAGACUGUGAAUGAUCUUAUUCAAGAUAUUGCCACCUGUCAUGAACUGAUAGCAGAGCAAGCAGUGGAGCAUAUUCACCAUAAUGAGGUUAUAUUAACCUUAGGCAGUUCAGGAACUGUAAUCGAAUUUCUUUGUGCUGCUAAGGAGAAAAAAAGAAACUUUCGUGUUUUUGUAGCAGAAGGUGCUCCAAGAUAUCAAGGGCAUACUCUUGCAAAGGAACUGGUUGCUAGGGGACUACAAACAACUGUAAUCACUGAUUCUGCUGUUUUUGCCAUGAUUUCACGUGUGAACAUGGUUAUUGUUGGGGCCCAUGCUGUGAUGGCAAAUGGUGGAGUGAUAGCUCCUGUUGGGUUAAAUAUGGUUGCAUUAGCAGCUCAAAGACAUGCUGUUCCUUUUGUUGUUCUUGCAGGCAUUCACAAGUUGUGCCCCUUGUAUCCUCACAACCCGGAGGUGUUACUGAAUGAGCUCAAGUCCCCAUCUGAGUUGCUAGAUUUUGGGGAGUUCUCAGAUUGCAUCGAUUAUGGCACCGGCACUGGUUCCCCUCUUCUUCAUGUUGUAAAUCCUGCUUUUGAUUAUGUACCGCCAAACCUCGUCAGUCUAUUUAUCACCGACACGGGAGGGCAUAAUCCAUCGUACAUGUACCGAUUAAUUGCAGAUUACUACUCUGCUGAUGAUUUGGUCUUGCAACAGAGGCCUAUCUCUUCUUGACUUUAUAUAAAUAAAUAAUCCUUAUGAGUUUUUGGAGUGCAUGAGAAUUGGAAGUGCGACAGUUUUGAAGGGGCUAAGCCAUUAAAGGAGGACUUAUUUGUAAUGUUGAUUACUAGAAAAAGAUGGAAUGAAAAUAAGGAUUACAUUUGUGUUAGUAUGAGUUUAUAAAUGGCAUAUGCCAUUCUCUUAAA